GGCUGUAAGUCGCCUAAACUGGAAAGUCAAACCAGCAAACGCAAGAUUAGUCUGUCAGCAUUGCGCAAAAAACUCAGACAUAUAAGUACACUACCCCCCCAUUGGGGAAUCGCAUCGACAUACUUGUGAUAAAUCACAACAACCGCAAUCAUGUCAGGCAAGAUGCAAUUCACCGACAAGGCCAACAGUGCACUGGUCGAAGCACAAGACUUGGCCACAAGUUACGCACAUUCACAGAUGCUGCCGAUCCAUUUGGCAGUAGCACUGUUUGAUCCUCAGCCAGAUGCGUCCAAGGACCAACAAAAUAAAGGCCAUGGCUCACACGCUUCGACAUCGGCGCCGUUAUUUCGCCAAGUCAUUGAGCGAGCACAUGGAGAUGUUCAACUACUCUCACGGGCAUUGCAAAAGCAGCUUGUUCGACAACCUUCACAAAACCCACCUCCUGAUCAAGUCGGAGUAGCUCCAUCUUUCUCAAAGGUGCUCCGCGCUGCCGACGAUCUCUCACGGACGCAGAAAGACAGCUACAUCGCCGUCGACCAUCUCAUCCAAUGCCUCGUGCAGGACGCUACCAUUACAAAAUGUCUUGCUGAGGCCAAUGUUCCGAACACUAAGCUUAUCGACACAGCGAUUCAACAAAUUCGCGGCACGAAGCGAGUGGACAGCAAGACUGCCGAUGCCGAAGCAGAGAAUGAGAACCUCAAGAAGUUUACCAUUGAUAUGACGGCUAUGGCACGAGAAGGCAAGAUCGAUCCUGUGAUUGGCCGAGAAGAGGAAAUCCGACGUGUGGUCCGGAUCUUGUCAAGACGUACAAAGAACAACCCAGUCCUCAUCGGUGAACCUGGUGUGGGUAAAACUACAGUCGUCGAAGGUUUGGCCAGUCGAAUCGUCAACGCCGAUGUGCCCGCCUCCUUGGCGGCAUGCAAGCUACUCUCCCUUGAUGUUGGAGCGCUGGUGGCAGGCUCAAAAUACCGCGGAGAGUUCGAGGAGCGUAUCAAGGGCGUCUUGAACGAGAUCGAAGCUAGCAAAGAAAUGAUUGUUCUCUUCGUCGACGAGAUGCAUUUGCUUAUGGGUGCUGGUGCUGGAGGAGAGGGUGGAAUGGACGCUGCCAACUUGCUGAAGCCCAUGCUUGCGCGCGGUCAGCUUCACUGUAUUGGUGCCACAACUCUCGCCGAGUACCGCAAAUACAUCGAGAAAGAUGCAGCUUUCGAACGACGUUUCCAACAAGUCCUUGUCAAGGAGCCCUCAGUCCCGGAGACCGUUUCCAUUCUACGUGGACUCAAGGAGAAGUACGAAGUCCACCACGGUGUCACCAUUCUCGAUGGAGCCAUCGUAUCUGCAGCUACUCUUGCUGCUCGCUAUCUUACUCAAAGACGACUACCCGACUCAGCCGUCGACCUCAUCGACGAGGCGGCCGCUGCAGUCCGAGUUGCUCGCGAGUCACAGCCCGAGAUUCUCGACAAUAUGGAGCGUAAAUUGCGCCAGCUUGAAAUUGAGAUCCACGCGCUCGCUCGCGAAAAGGAUGAUGCAUCCAAAUCACGACUUGCAGAAGCCCGUGCGGAGAAGGCAAACGUCGAGGAAGAACUGAAGCCACUCCGCGAGUCGUACGAAAGUGAGAAAGCACGCGCCAAAGAAAUCCAAGAACAGAAGAUCAAGCUUGACCAGCUCAAGACCAAACAACAAGAAGCUGAGCGAACUCGAGAUCUGUCCACAGCAUCGGACCUCAAAUAUUACGCCAUCCCUGAUGUAGAACACCGCAUCGAAGAGCUCGAAUUCCAGAAGGCAAUGGCCGAGAAAGAAGAAGCCAUACGUCGCGGCCCCGACGGUGGCGAGGCUCUCAUUGCCGAUGCUGUCGGUCCUGACCAGAUCAACGAGAUUGUUGGCCGCUGGACUGGUAUCCCUGUGACCCGUCUCCGAACAACCGAGAAAGAGAAGCUUCUUCAGAUGGAGACUGUUCUCGGCCAACAGGUCAUCGGACAGGAAGAGGCUGUCACCAGCGUCUCGAACGCGAUUCGUUUGCAGCGAUCUGGUCUUAGCAAUCCUGGUCAGCCACCAUCAUUCCUGUUCUGUGGUCCAUCCGGUACCGGAAAGACCCUUCUUACCAAGGCUUUGGCUGAGUUCCUCUUCGAUGACCCUAAGGCUAUGAUCCGUUUGGACAUGUCCGAAUAUCAGGAACGCCACUCACUCUCACGUAUGAUUGGUGCUCCUCCUGGUUACGUCGGUCACGACGCGGGUGGUCAACUCACCGAAGCACUUCGACGCCGCCCUUUCUCCAUCCUGCUAUUCGACGAAGUCGAGAAAGCUGCCAAGGAGGUUCUCACCGUGCUACUUCAAAUCAUGGACGACGGUCGCAUUACAGACGGCCAAGGCCGUGUCAUCGACGCCCGAAAUUGUAUCGUCGUCAUGACCUCCAAUCUCGGUGCCGAAUACCUUUCCCGGCCCAACGCACCCGACGGCCGCAUCGACCCGACUACGCGCGAGCUCGUCAACACCGCGCUACGCAACUACUUCCUACCCGAAUUCCUCAACCGAAUUAGCAGCACUGUCAUCUUCAACCGUCUCACGCAGCGCGAAAUCCGCCGCAUCGUCGACGUUCGCCUCGACGAAAUCCAGAAACGCCUCUCCAGCAACGGCCGCAACGUCCGCAUCGCCCUCACCGAGCAGGUCAAGGACUACCUCGGCGAUGCAGGCUACUCGCCCGCCUACGGUGCCCGUCCUCUCCAGCGUGUCAUCGAAAAAGAGGUCCUCAACCGCAUGGCUGUGCUUAUCCUCCGCGGAAGCAUCCGCGAUGGAGAAACCGCUCGCGUCGUCCUCGAGGAUGGCCGCGUGGUCGUUCUGCCAAACCACGUCGAGGGCAGUGUCGAUGGUGAGGACGAUGGAAUGGGCGAGGGACAGUAUCACCCUGGCCCUGCGGGCGGUCGUCCGGUGGAUCCUGAUGACGACGAGGAGAUGUGGAGUGAGGACGACGAGGAGGAUGAUGUACGCGAUUAUCCACCACGGAGGAGCGGUGGUGGUAAUGCCGGAAGAGGGAGGAGGGGAGACAGGGAUCUUUACGAUUAAGUGAAUCUUUUCUGUUUGCGAAAGGACAAUAGGAUUCGAUGAGGAAUGAAAUGAGUCAUGAAGGUUGAUCGACCAUCUUGAGGGAGGCAUUUGUGACAUGCUACAAACAGCAUUUUGAACGGGGACAGCGCGGCGUUUUUGUGAUGUAGUACCUAGGCACUUUUGGGAAUUCAAUU